AUGCCUCACCGCACCUUCCUUUGCCGACUAAUUUUCUGCGCCAUCUUCUCCGUCUCCAUCAUCAAUAUCUUCAGCCAGGCCAGCUCACCCUCGUUCUUCCUGCGCUACUCUAAACCUGCCGCCCUCGCGCACGACGACAUCUUCUGUCCGCAGUCCGACCUUGCCGAUGACGUGCUAGUCGUGCUACGGACGGGGGCAACAGAGUCACGCCAGAAGGUGCCAGUGCACUUUAGGACCACCUUACGAUGCGUACCCCACUUCGUCGUCUUUUCGGAUCUGGAUGAGGAGAUCGAGGGGCAUGCUGUGCAUGAUGUGUUAGGAGGCGUCAGCAAGAAAGGGAAAGAGCAUGAGGACUUCAAGCUGUAUCACCAUCUGCAGAAGCAAGGAAGGAGGGGCCUGGGGGGCCAGCAGGUUAUUACGGCGCAGUCGGGUUCGUCCAAGGGCGACUAUCUCAACACCGGAAACGACGGCUGGAGGCUCGACAAGUGGAAGUUCCUCCCCAUGAUCGACAAAGCGUAUCAGCAGAUGCCGAACGCCAAAUGGUUCGUCUUCAUUGAGGCAGACACCUACCUGGGCUGGAACAACCUCUUGGAUUAUCUCAGCACUUUUGACCCUGACAAGCCGUAUUACAUUGGAAAGCACCUGUACAUAAACGACAUCGAAUUUGGCUACGGCGGCGCUGGUUUCGUCCUCUCCAAUCCCGCAGUGCGCAAGGUCACCGAGCAGCGCUCCGUCCGCGUCCGCGACUAUGAAGACUUCACAGCAACCCACUGGGUGGGCGACUGCGCACUCGGCAAAAUAAUGGAGGACAUCAAAGUCCCCCUGCACCGCGCCUUCCCGCACUUCCAAGGCGACUCGCCAGCCACGCUCGAUCCGGCCAUCACCAAGAUCGACAGAGACGCGUGGUGUUACCCCGCCAUCACCUACCACCACGUCUCACCAUCCGAGAUCGAAGAGCUCUGGAAGUUCGAGCAGGCCUGGUACAAGAGGCACGACAUCCUCCUCCGUCAUCGGGACAUUUUCCGCGAGCACGUGCGCCCGCAGAUCGGCGCCCAAGUAUCCAACUGGGACAACAUGUCGGUCGACAAGGAAUUCAACGCGCACGACCACGCAAACUCGGCCGACGAGCUCGAGCGCAACGCCUGGAAGUCCUUCGGGCACUGCCGCGCCGUCUGCGAAAGAAAAAAGGACUGCAUCCAGUUCUCGUACGAGUCGGGCAGCUGCUCCAUCUCUACCUCCUUCCGCCUAGGAUACGCGAAACCAAGGGAGCGCGUACAGUCCGGGUGGAUGAUUGAUCGGGUGGACAAUUUGUUUGUGAGGUUAGAAGGGAGGUGCGGGGUGAGGGAUUGGUUUAGCCCUGACGAAGUGCUGUUGUGCAGAGGUCGGGACAGGUGUGAGACGGUGAGCGAGGGGCAGGAGAAGCAGCGAAGAAGGAGAAGGCGGUAG